AUGAACCCCCGUCUCCCUCCUCUCGCCAACAAAACCUCCCUCACCUACAAGCUCACCUCGCUGUCGAAACAAAAACUCGCCCGCGAAGCCACGGCCCCGGACCCAGACAUCCGGCGCUGUCUGGGUCACUUCCGUCUGCACGUGAUGUCGAUGGAGUUGGCGCAGAAGGAGAUGACAACGCGCAUCAACUCGUUCGAGCUGGAGGACGAGAGCGAUGAGGAGGAAGAGGCCGUCGUCGACGAGGUCAAGGAGAUGACCGACAAGGAGGUCGUGGCGGAUCAGCCGCUGCCCGUCUCGAAGAACCAGGACGCGGACCAAAGCGUUGCUGUGGAUGCCGAUGAAGAAGAUAAGGAGGCCCAGGCCCAUUUCCACGUCUCGUUCGAGCAGACCUCGACGCUGCCCUCCUCGACGGCUGGAUCUGCGGAUCUGCUGGAUGAAGUGACGACGACGAUCCCGCCGUCGGGCUGGCCGACACACGAGUCGGAGAUGGCGGCGUCGACGAAUCCGCUGCCGCAUACGCAUUUGCAGACACAAACGAAUGCCUCUGCCAACACGACGCCUGUGAACUCGGACACCGAAUCCGAUGGCGAAGGCGAGAAAGAUGCUGCAGAAGACUCCGCUACGGACUCCGAGACGGAAACACAAACCGAUACUGAGACCGAGACGGCGGCCACCGACACCGAUCCGGAGAUCGAGAUCGAGCCCGAGUCGGACGAAAAAAAAAGUUCAGACGGUACUUUCUUCGAAAAGGGCCGUUCUUGCAUUGAGAAGACCGUUCAGAACUCUUCGCACUUCUGGCCGUCGAGUCAAGGGCAAUGCAUGUCCGUCCGAAUCUCCGGGUAA